CCGCGUGUCCUACACGCGUAGAAUGAGAAAGAAGUAGACAGUAUCCUAUGAAAAAAAAAGAAAACAAUCAGUGGUAAGAAGUGUAUCCUUAGAACAACAUAGUCAAUUUACCCUAAUAUCUUUGUACAAUGUCUGAUAGCAACCUUUUUUUUUUUUCUAAAGAAGAAGAUCUGCCACUGCCAAUAUUUAAUGUUUUUCAAUAUCUAAAUACCUGGAAAAAAAAGAAAAUUAAAUUUUUUUUUUCGAUCAAACCUAUUUAAGUCAGUUGCUUAUGUUGAGACUUGAAUAGUGAAAAUGGAAUUCAUUUACAGUGAAAUGUAUCGCUAGCAUAGGUAUUUGUCCCAAGUUAACUUGAAUUAAUAUAGUUGUCUGCGAAGAAACAGUUAAAUGCGUCCUUAAACUUAGAAAGUGUACGCCAUUGAACAAACUUUGACGUAUAUACCCGAAAAUAUCUUUUCCUCAAUUAUGAAUGCGCUGUUUUGUGCUAAAAACGUUGUUGAAUUUCUAGAAGAAUGUGAAAAAGUGAAGAAGUCUUUUAAUUAAUACACAGUAGAAAUUUUACCGAAUGUGUUCCUAUUUUGAAGAAGAUCUCUUUAUGUAGGACACGUGCAAAUGUGUACUACACCAAUUAUGUACUAUGACCAUGGGAACGUUUUUUUUUCGUGUAGAGAAUCUAAACAAUUAUUUCAAGGUACGCAGCAAAAGAAGUCUGAUGUGACUCCACGAUGCGGUUUUUUAAAUAGACUAUUCUUUUCUAUUAGUUGUUUCUCAAGGUUUUUCUAACUCGGAACUGAUACCUUGCUAUAAUGACGAAAGAAAAAUAUUGCCUGCAUUGAACUUAAAUAUUAUUUUGAACAUAUAUGUUAUAAAAAGAAAAUCAAUAAGUUGUAGAAAUUGUUUUAAAUUGAUUUUCAGAGUAGGGUCCUGUAUGGAUAUGAUUUUUCGUAACCCGACGCGGAUCAGAGCUGAUCGAGAUCCGACAAAUAGUUUCACAGUCACAGUAUGGUUUUCAACAUUUUAUUUUACAUGAAAAAAGUAUACUAUUUAGUUUCUUCCGUAAACAGCAACAAAAAAAGAGAGAUCUUGUCAAAUUCCACAAAAAAAAACAAGUGAUUCAGGAUUCACCGGGCAUCUUUCUGCUUUAACAUCAUAGUUGUGGAUACAUACAUGAGUGAUUUUUUCCAUGACGAUAAUAUAUGUUUAACUUUUUGAUAAUUUCUUUUCCUUUCAAUGUAUUCCAUUACUUCGUCAUAUAGUUCAUGGAAUAUAAUAAAUUGCUCAAUCAUGAUCGAAUCGAUGUUCAUUCUUAUGCUUUUAUAUAAAUUAGCAGUUUGAAGAAGUAAACACAUUUUGAAACAUCAAGAUUCCAUUGAUUGCUAUGUCAAAUCUGAGUUUGAAAUUAUAUCCAGGAUUCAAACUGACAUUUUUUUUUAAUGUCCGGCACCCGAAACGAUCAGGCGAGUGGACAUCCAGACUCAUGCCUUGGACCGAGCUUGGUACUCGAUCUGGUUUAAGGACACUGUUUCAGAGGAAGAUGUUCUAAUGUGUUGAGGGCUUUACUUGAAGGUAUAUUAAUAUAUGUUUAAAUAGAAAUUUUCUUUUUCUUUUUUAAGAAUCGUCCACCUCGAAUGUUGCCAUAUCCUCAUCAUUUUGUAACACCAAAUAAUAUUGAUAUUGAUCUUCGAUUACAUAAUAAUGACCUUCAAACGAAACUAACAUCGGUUGUUAGCACACUUCUUAAUGAAAAUACACCAAAAAAUUGGUUUAAUGCAACAAAACGACGAUUAAUUAAUCAAUAUAAACAUAAACAAAUUGAAUUAGAUUUAUCGAAAGAAGAGAUAGCUAAACGAGUUCAAACACAAUUAAAUAUUGAGUAUGCUGAACGAGCAUUUGAAACUAUUGAAAAUUCUAAUGAAAUUGAAAAAUUAUCACCUGGUCUUGGACGUUUAUUAGUUUCACAUGCUCGUUCUAUAUUAACAAUGAAAUCAGUUGUUCAAAAAUUAACUGAUGAUUUAGACAAACAUCUUAAAACGAUAAGAGAAAAAUUAAUUCGUGAACAUCCAAUAAAGUCUAAAAUUCAUCGUUGGAUUGAAAGAAAAUUAUUUGAAGAAAGAAUAAAUUAUAUUCAUCAACAUGAAUGGGAUGCACAUCAAUUAUCAAUUGAUCAAUGUAAAACAUUAGGAAAUCAACAAGCUGCAUAUUUUAUUCAACGAGAUUUUACAUUUCGAAAAGAUCAUGAAUCAAUUCUUCGUCUUAAUCUUAAAUCACCUGUUGAACCUCUAAAAACAAUUCAAUGUGGUCGAUCAAUAUGGUUUCCAAAAAAUUGGAUUGUCGAACGAACAUAUCCAUUACCUAUUGAACGAAUUCCAACAUUAUUUGCUAAAUAUACAUAUACAGCUGACGAAGAAGAAAAACAAAGAAGAUUGAUCCAGUCUGAUCCUGAUGCACAAUAUAAUCUUCGACGAAAGAUAACUUAUGCAACAACAACAAGAUAUCCAUUUUGGAGGUGGAAAUUAUUUGCACUUCGUGCAUAUUGUUGGCUUUCAAAUACUAUUUAUACAUUAUGUCUUGUGAUUCCAUUUGCUAGUCCAGUUAGUUUUCGAGCUCUAUUAUCUCCAACACCAUUUCGACCUAAUUAUGAAUUAAAUCGAAAUGAUUUGAAACUUCAUGAAGAUCCAUAUUCAAAAACACAAACAUUUAUUUCACGUCUUGUUGCUCUUUGGAAUCAUGUGAGACAUUCAAGACAAAAAUUUGAACAAACACCUGAUCGAGGUUUUUUGGGAAAGAAUAUGCAAAGAAUAUUCAAUCGACUUUGGAAUUAUAUAGUAAAAGGUUUUAUUGGUACUAUCGCUAUUUGUACUAUUUAUCCAGCUUCCUGUAUAAUUCUUUCAAUUGGUUCUUUUAUAUUAGGUGUUCUAUCACCUAUUUGGAUGCCAAUUCUUACAUUAUUAUUUCAUAUACUUCAAAUUCUUAUCUAUGAUGCAAGUUCAGCUGGUGAAUAUGGUCGAAAAAUUUUUUGUCUUAUUAAUAUUUUGAUAACUGAUUUUCUACUUUGUGGUAUUAUGCAACCAAUAUUAGUAUUAAUUGCAUUAAUUGCUAGUCCAAUAAUUUCUCUUUUAAUUGUUAUUUAUGCUCUACUGCAUCGUUGUACUCGUGGAUUGUAUGAUAAAAUAGUAUAUCAAUUAAUUGUUAAACGUUUUGCACGAAUUCCAGCACAUGAUGGUUUUCUUGCAAGACGUAUUGCUGGUCCAGGUUUAGCAGCACAAUAUUUUUAUCAAGUUUCAUCACCAGAAGUAUUAGCAGCAUUAGAAUCCUUAAUUGAACAAAAUGAAUUAAAAGUUUAUCGUUCUUAUAUUGAACAAAUUUUAAUGAAACCCGUUGAUGAAUAUCGACAAUUUUUUAAUACAGCAUUUAAACCAUUUUCAGCUCAAGUUCAAAUAAUAGAUAGUCAAUCAGUUUAUAGUCGAAUGAAUGAUGUUGUUAAUGAACAUAUUCGAAAUUUGAAAACAACAAUUGAAAAGCGUAAUAAUUUACUUCGAGUACAUCAUGGUUCUCAACAUGAUCGUAUUCGAUUAACAGAAGCUGAUUUAACAGCUGUACUUAUUGAAGGAACACAAUUAGUAGAAAAAUGGUAUCCAAAACGAAUACUUUCUUAUUUAAAUAAAGAUGAAAUAGAAAAAUUUUGGAAUGAUUAUGAUCUUGAACAAAAUGAUUGGUUUGGUUUAACAAGUAAAUUACUUCAAGAAUUAUUUUGUCGAGAUUUCUUAACACCACUUGAACAAACAGAUAUUUUUUAUAGUCUACAAGUUGAUCAUUUAACUUUAUCAAAAUAUGCACAUAUGAUCCAUUCAGCUAAUUUACAUGAUGAUCUUGAUGUUGUUACAAGUGUUUAUUUACCUGAAACUUCAUAUACAAUUCAUUAUCCAUCAUUCAAUCGAGAUAUAUUCAAUCCACAUGAACAUAUUCUUAAUAUAUCAACAAAUUAUUCUGAAAAACAUCGUGUAAAAGCUCAUGGUCGUAUACAUCGAUUUUUUAAUCGUAAAGCAAAUUAUUUAAAACAUGCUAAUAAUUUAUCAGAGUUUGUUGAUUAUACAUCAAUAACGUGUCGUUUUUCUAUACCAAUACGAUUACCUGAUGUAAUCUAUGUUAAUAUUAUUAUAUUUAAUCGUGAUAAUAAUAAUGCACUAACAAUAGCAUCAUCAUCAAUUAAAAAUAUAUCUCUUCAAGAUAUUUUUCAACUUAUUGAAUAUAAUAAAAAAUUUUAUGAUGAACCUAUGUUACCAAUAUAUUCAUCAAGAAUUUCAUCUCUUACUAGAAUAAAUAAUAUGACACCUGAUGAUUUAGUUGUGAUUAAUACAAUAUCAGAUAAUGAUGAUGAACUAUUAAAUGAUAAUAUUGCUGUACUUGACGAAAAACUUUUGUAA